CCGCGGUAGGGCAGUCCGGUCCGGCGGGGUCCACCGGGUCCAUCAUGGGCCGCUCUCUGCCCCCGCUCCGCGCUCUGCUUAGGAGUCGCCCCGGGGCGGUGGCAGCGGCUCGGGGCGGCGGUGCCCGUCAGCUCAACAUACUGCCAUCCUUUGGUUUCCUUUUUGACAUUGAUGGUGUACUGGUACGAGGAAAGACUCCAAUCCCAGCUGCCAAAACUGCCUUUCAAAAGCUUGUUAAUUCUCAGGGACAAUUCUUGGUGCCUGUGGUAUUUGUCACCAAUGCAGGGAAUUGCCUCCGCCAGAAAAAAGCUGAUCAGUUGUCUCACCUACUGGGAGUUCCAAUUUCUCAAGAUCAAGUGAUGAUGUCUCACAGUCCCCUGAGGAUGUUCAAACGUUACCAUGAAAAAUGUGUCCUUGUAUCUGGACAAGGACCACUUCUUGAUAUUGCUCAAGACCUUGGUUUCUGUCAGCCUAUUACCAUUGAAACACUGAGGGAGAAACACCCUUUGCUGGAUGUUGUUGACCAUGACAGGAGACCCAACGUUCUGUAUCCCUCUGCUGUGGAGCUUCCCAAGAUCGAGGCUGUUGUUUUGUUUGGGGAGCCAGUCAGAUGGGAAACCAACCUCCAGCUGAUAAUAGAUGUUUUGCUGACAAGUGGCUAUCCUGGAAAUCCAUAUCACCAGGAAAAUUACCCUCAUAUUCCUGUGCUUGCUUGUAACAUGGAUCUGAUGUGGGUAGCUGAAGCACAGUCCCCAAGGUUUGGACAUGGCACAUUCAUGGUUUGUUUGGAAAACAUUUACAAGAAGAUCACUGGCAAAGACUUGAAAUACGAGGCUUUAAUGGGGAAACCCAGUAAACUAACCUACCAGUAUGCAGAGUACCUCAUCAGGGCUCAGGCAGCAGCACGGCAGUGGACACAGCCCAUCCAGACUCUGUAUGCUGUUGGAGAUAAUCUCAUGACUGAUGUGUAUGGUGCUAACCUUUACAAUCGCUAUCUUGAAGAGAACUCCAGAAAAGGGUCAAAAUCCCUCAUUCAGGCCAAAGCUGCUGCUGGCAGAGGAUCUUCUGCUCUCUCUCAGGAUGAUGAAAUAGACACCAGCUGGGAGAAUGAAUUAGCAUCUUCAGCUGCUGCUCACUGUAGGUCUGUUCUGGUUUGUACUGGGGUUUACAACCCUCACACAGAGGUCCCCCUGGAUACCAGGGAGAACAUAACUGAAGCGGUGUUCCAUGGCCACAGAGAUUUUAGGUUUGAUCCUGGUUUGGUAGAACCAGAUCAUAUUGUACCAGAUGUUGAUGCUGCUGUAGACCUGGUCUUCCAGCUGGAGAACUUUGCACAUAAUUGAGAUGACACAAUUUCUCCAGGGCUGACCAGUGCUACACUUCCCAAAAAAAUAAACUGCUUUAAAAUCAUGCCACAAACUGCUUCUUUCUAAAAGGUUUAACUUUUAAACCAAUACACUUAUAUUAAGUAUACUUACUACUAUAAUUAUUUUAAUGUGCUUAAUAUAAGUAUAAUAAGCAUCAGUAAUGUUUUUUAAAGUAUUUAAAAAUGUUAUUUUUUGCUUUAGUUGCCCUUUUUUGUACUUUUAUUUGCUACAUUAGGUGUUUUAAUUGCAAUUUUUCCUAAUGGCUUAUACACAUUGCUGGUACUUACAUUCCCACAUGUCUAUGUGUUUGCUGGAAUGUUUAGCUUCCAGGUACUGGGGAUCUUGAGGGCAUCUGAAGGGGGGACUGGGGCCAUUUGCACAGUUGCAAAUUAGCAUUAACAUCUAUCACUGCUUGGUGUUCUGCAUGUAAGGAGUGCCCUUUAAAUUAGACCCCAGUUCAAGUCUCUUUUGCUGCUCUUUGGUGUGCAGCCCUGCAGCCUUUCUUUUCAUCUGUUUUCCCAUGUGCCUGGAGCUGCUGUUGCUGCUCUGCUGACAGGUGAAGCCUUACCAGAAAUGCCCAGGAAAGGUGGAGAGGGCUGACCUGUUAACCCCCCUGUUGGAACCCCAGUUAAGGUGAACAGAGUCAUGUAAGGAAAGCAGCUAACGUGGUGUUACCUGUGUUAAUCUCACAGCACAAUACCUGCCCUUUGGGUCUUUGCCUUUUUACCUGCACAUUUUUGAGGAGUUUAGAAUCUUAGAAAGCUUAAGCCAUUAUGUUUUGGGCAUUUCUGACAGUUGGGGCUUUUCCACUGAAUGAGUGACAACUCUUUGGGCAAAAAGUGCCUAGUGAUUUACUUGAAGCUUCAUACCACUGUGGUAAUUAACCAGCCUUUGGUGUAAUGUGUUUUGUCCUGUGUCAGUGUUAUAUGUUGUUUGGUUCAUAGAUUUUAUAGCUUUUAAUUUAGAAAAAAUAAUUUAUUAUAUCUUAUUUUUGUAAAACACUUUAAAAUGUUUUCAUCCAAAAGAUGCCUUUGAAAAUGUUUUUGUGUUACCAGUUAACUGUGUUUAAAACCAAAGUCAACUUACACAGAAAUACCAACAUCACUUUGGGGCCAGUCAGGUUUUUAUGUGUUGUGGUUUUUUUUUUUUUUUCCACAUUAGAAAUUGUACAAACAAAAAUCUGUCUUCAGUUUUCCCAACUUCUUGCAGAACUAGCAGAAUGCUAGCUUAAAGCAUUAUUAGACAUUUGGUGGCACAAAGUGAAAUGACUUCCUGACCAACUUCGCUGCUUAUUAUCCUGAAAUCAAAAUCUGAAAAUUCAUCUCCUGAAGAGAACGUUCCUGAUAUGGAGUAAUUUUUUUUUUUUAAAUUGUGUUCUCUCCAUUUGCAAAGUAGUGGUAGAUACUUUCUGCUGUCAGGAUUGGUGAAUUACUCACUGUGUUUCAUAAGUAGCUUUCAACAUAUCUUAUCUGGCUGAUCCAGUUUAAGGACAGUGCUCCGAACAGUGUUUCCAUUUUCUUCUCUGGGAAAGUAUUACAAGCAGCACAAUCUUGCCUUUUAAAAUUGUUACAAUAAACCUAUAUGUACCUGUUUCUUUGUCACUUUCCUGUAAUAUUAUUAAUAAUCUAAAAUUACUUCUGAGGUAUGCCAAAUCUUUCUGAGUAAAGAUUGUAGUUUUGUAAAAUAUCAGAGUGACCAAAGUUGUGUGGUUUUAAUACUGAUGCAUGUUGCAGGGCUCAUUAUUAACUGAUGCAGUUCCAUGCUGUCAGUGAA